GUUAACAUUAACUAGUGAAAAGACAGUGACCAAAAAGUGGCCAACAUGGGUUGCGGCUCGUCGGGGCAAGUGGUGGCGCCGGAGGGUGGCAACCAGGUGGCUAAUGGCAAAGAGAAGGUGGCUAGUGGGAACGCGAAUGGGGCGAAUGGUGCCAACGGCCACCAUCACAAUGACGACUUGCCAACGCUGCUGCUGCCUGAUACUUCUGCUAAACCUAAACCACCCAUAGCAUAUGAAAUACCAAUCGAGGAGUUCGAUAGCACCCGCAAAGCGACUACCCCACCGCCACACCUGCAAAGGCUUCUGAAUCCUCCACCAGCUGACAUCAAACUACCAGAUAUCAGGGAGAAGUUGGCAGAAGCUGAGCAGAGAAGACUACAGAUCUUGCAGCAGCGGACAGCAUCAGCACAUAAAAGAGCACAAAGAAUGACGAAAUCUUCUGCGAUAACCAAGAGCGACUUUCAGGGAGCUGAGGAAAGCAAGCAUGGGCCUAACGUCCUCACGAUUUCUCCAGAAGCUGGUGUUUGCGAAGACAAGAACAUAUGA